GUUGUGGCUAGCCAAACAUCACCCUGACAAAGCAAAAGCCAAAGGCGAAGCUGGUUUGGAAGAAACCGACUUUAUAAAAGAGUACGGAAAUAUUUUGCUUAAAACGAACAAUGUAAGAAUUAGUAUCCUAUUAUUAAUACCAACGAAAAAAUACAAUAUGUUAAGAUAAGAUAAUUUAAAUUAACACACCAUAUAUUGAUUUUUUAUAUUAUUUGUCUUAUAUGGACUAUUUUUCUUUUUUGGGUGUGCAGAAUGCUGCUGUAUGUGAUUUGUUUGCUAAACUUCACGAAUUAGGUAGUCAUUCCAUUAUUUCCCAAGUAGAAGCUCAAGAACUUGACUACAACGAUGCUAAAAGGUACAAGAAUAGCAUAAAGAACGCAUUAAGAGCUGUUAGACAAUACAACGAUGAAUGUGACGUUGGAUGUUUGAAAGAAGGGGAAAUCAUUGAUCAGCAAACGUACAGCAGAGAUUUUCCAUCUACUGGAUCUGUUUUCGAUUUUGGUGUUAGAAAAAAUUUAGCAAAUCCUAAAAUUGAUCAGUUAUCAUCAAUUUUGAAAAAACGAGAAGAGAAGAAUAUUCCCCUGGUUGUAACAAGAGUUAAAUGGAACGAUGAAAAAAGCAAUUGCAGUUUAGUCGGUGAUUAUAGAGUGUUGUGUUAUAUACCAGAGCAAGAUUGGAUCGAGAUCCAGCUUAUGUCUCCUGUAGAUGACCUGGGGUCCAAAUGCAAGAUCUCUUCUGUUGUUAUUGAUGCAUUUGAAAAAUUAUUGGAAUUACUGAGAUCGUGUGUGGUGUUCCUUAAAAAGAAGAGGGAUUUAGAAGAGCAAAAUUGCCAUAGGUAUAAGUCACUGGGUUUUUUCCAAUAUUAAAGGGAUAAAUAAUCUUUUGCAGAGAACUUAGUUAUUUUAUAAUACAAUGGCAUCAUUACAAGUUGAUUCACAUACCGAACAAAAGUAUGUGAUGACGAGUGACUACAAUUGACAGGUUCGAUUGGUGAUAUUUCGAGUCUAGUUUCUUCGAUAUCUAUAUAUUCUAUGCACAUUCAGAGUAACAUCACAAGCAUCAUAUUCGCUCGAGUACAUAACACCAACACCCAAAAAAUCAUAUCAUAGAGUACAUAAAUAUAGAAGGAACUAGACUCAGUUCCGAAAUACACCGGCUCGAACCGACUUGACCUCGAAGCUCAGUUGACAGACUAGUAUCCCAAAGGUUGCGGGUUCGAUUUCCACCGUGGUCAGGCCAGUGUGGAUGCAUACUUACACUGGCACUAUCAUUAUUUUUUUUAUUUUCUUAAAUGUAAAGUAACUUGUAUAACUUGUUGCGAUAUUUCAUUUUGUUUAAUUAAACAUUAAUUGCAAACAUAUGACGUUAUUCACCUAAUAACAUGUAUAACAAGAUAUCAGAAAAUGUUGCACAUCGAUCUUUGCUUUGUUGUUCGUUUUCAAAAAAGUAGUAUACUUAAAUUAAUGCCGUUGUGAAAUUAACACGUGCUACAUCUUCAAAAAAUGUUGACAAAAAAUAACAAAGAUAUGUAUGUAAUGGAGUGAAUGACGUCACGUGCUCUGCAAUGCUUCAUAAACAUAUUUCGACAAUUAGACAAGGAAACAAAUAUCUCAAAAGAAGUUACUUUACAGUUUUAUGAGUUACUUCGUUUAAGACAAUAUAAAAUUUAAUGAUUGUGCCAACUUAAUAUUUUUUAUUGCUAUGGAAGCGAGCGACGUACGUUUUUCUUAUUUUGUUUUGUAUUCUAUUUUAGACACUCGUUUGGUUUCCAUGUGGUUAAAUUAGUUGAAUGUUUUGCUGGUGCCAAAGAAUCGAGUCUCUUCACAUUUGAUCAACACAUGGAAGAAAAUGCCGCUUUAGAGGAGUUCUUAUAUUUGAAUGGUCUUCGUAAGUGGUCGGUAGCUAGUGAUGGAUUGUGCUUAAUAAGCAGCUGGCAAAUCGCAAUGAAAACACACUUGCAGAAAAAUUACAGCGGUGGAAAUGCGGCACUCAAGUUUGAUGCAGUUGACGAUUUGCGUAAAAACCCAAACCACUAUCAACUCAUUGGUAAUUACGAAGAUGAUUUCGAGAGGUUCUUGAAAUAUAAUGAUUACGCUGGUAAUUCUAUAGAUUUAUUGCCUUAUGCACUUGCCAACAUCACUGGUGUGUGUUGUAUAAUACUUCAAGUGGACAAAAAUGGCGAAAUUCGUACCUUUCACAUUCCCCCAUCAUACGACAUACCUGAUAACGAACCAAUUGUUAACCGACCUCCAGAAAUAACACUGAUCUACUCACCAACUAGACAGCAUUACGAUGUUGCCUUGACAUGUGAUGAAUACCAAGCAAUGGUUAUGGAAAAAACAGAAGCGCAAAAGGUAUUUAUUGAUCUUUCCAUAGACGAAGAUAUUAUUGAUGAAUCCGAAUGUAGCGACAGUAGCAUUGAUAAUGAAGAUAUGUACCGGGAUAUUUUCGCCGAUGACCCGGACAGUUCUGAUGACGAAAAUUUUACAUUCUGCGUUGAUGAUAAAGAGAUAAAGUUGUUUCUCCGGUCCAAGUCGAUAAAAGAAUUAAAGCUCUUAGCUGAACAGCACAAAAUAUCUCUUGUAAAUGUAAUCGAAAAGCAGGAUCUUGUACUACGUCAACUAGUAAUCCAACAUUGA